AUGGUUCAAGGGGCAGUUAAGAAAUCGGCUAAACCGGUGUCCAACUCUCGCAAAGCAAAGAAACAGGCCAUCGCCUCCGGUUCCAGCGGCGCGCCAAAACGAUUCACUCGGGUCACCAAGGCACCUCGGUCUGCCAAGGCGGUGAAAGCACAUGCAAGCACAGGCAAGGUGAUGAAAAAGUUCUCGUCCGGCCUCGCUGCAAAAACUGAGGCGAUGCUCGGCGACCGCGCCGGCCAUCUCGAGCUGAUCGGCCCUGGCAAGAAGAAGGGCGUCGACCGCAAGAGCGACAAAGCGCACCAGGCUGGCUCGCGGCGGUUUGGAUAG